AUGUGUAAGUUGGCUCAAUACAGGCUUAUCCAGGAUAAUAUUCUGUUAGCCUUUGAGAUUAUUCGUAGCAUGAAGCAUAGAACUAAUGGGAAUGCGAGUAUUGUGGAACUUAAGAUCAAUAUUAGUAAGGCCUAUAAUCGUGUUGAUUGGGAUUUCCUUAAGAAUAUGCUUAUUCAUAUGGGGUUUAGUAGUAAAUGGGUGCAUUGUAUAAUGAUAUGUAUUACUUCUGUUAAAUAUUCGGUCCUGUGCAAUGAUGAGAUUGUUGGUCCUAUUAUUCCUGAGAGGGGCUUGAGCAAGCAGCAGAGCGAGGGUGGAUUCAUGGGUGUAGGGCAGGCAGGGGGUAAUCCUAGAAUUUCACAUCUGCUCUUUGCAGAUGACUCCAUUUUCUUCUUUAAAGCUAAUAAGAGGGAGAGCCAAAAGGCUAUUGAUAAUCUUAAGUCUGAUCAAGUUGAGGAGAUUAUUUUCGUUGGAUGGAAUCUAUGGCGAGCUAGGAGCAGUUUGCUAUGGAACAACGAGGUGCAAUCUACUCAACAACUCCUCUAUAAUAUUCGGACUCAGAUUCAAGAUUAA